AUUGUGCGUUCAGUACUGUUAACAACAACAACAACAACAACAACUCAUUUAGUAUUUUAUUAUUUAUUUAUUUAUAAUAUUUUGUUUAUUAUUUAUUAUUAAUAAUAAUAUAUAAACAUCAAGUGUUUGGUGUGAUUAUUGUGCAGUUGUUGUUGUGGUUGUGAUUGUAUAGUCAUCGUUGUCUUCAUCGUCGUCGUCGUUGUUGUCGUUAUCCUCUGGAGGUAUAUAAACACAGUGUGUUGUUGUUGUCGUUGUUGUGUUUGCAUCACAUUAUUGGACAUUAAAAAGACGUUGUUGUUGUCGUCGUCGUUGUCUUCGUGGUAUUGAUCCCAUCGAGAGAGAGAGAGAGAGAGAGAGAGAGAUAUAAAGAGAGUCAUCAUCAUAACCAUCAACUACUGUGUGUUGAAUAUAUCCUAUCAAUUGAUAUCAACAAUUGUUACCACCAAUUGAUACCAACAAUUGUUACCACCAAUUGAUAUCACCAAUUGUUACAACCAAUUGAUACCACCAAUUGAAUUGUUUGACUGAAUUGUGGUAUUAUAGUUGAUAUCCUUGUCUCACACACACUCUCUCUCUUAAUAAUCUUCUUAGUCAUCGUUGGUAUUGUUGUUGUUGUUAUUGUCGAUAAUAAUAAUGAGCUCCGAAAGCGAUCUAAACAUCGAUAGCAUAAUUAGCCGACUCCUCGAAGUUCGCGGUUGUCGUCCGGGAAAGACUGUCCAAUUGGCCGAAGCCGAGGUCCGCGGACUAUGUCUAAAGUCACGGGAAAUAUUUCUCAGUCAACCGAUUCUAUUGGAAUUGGAAGCGCCGCUCAAGAUAUGCGGUGACAUUCAUGGCCAGUACACUGAUCUAUUACGGUUGUUCGAGUACGGCGGCUUUCCACCCGAAGCCAACUAUCUGUUUCUCGGCGAUUAUGUGGACAGAGGCAAACAAUCGCUGGAAACUAUCUGUCUAUUGUUGGCCUAUAAGAUAAAAUAUCCGGAAAACUUUUUCCUACUCCGAGGCAAUCACGAGUGCGCUUCCAUUAACAGAAUUUAUGGCUUUUACGACGAAUGCAAAAGAAGAUACAAUAUUAAGCUGUGGAAGACAUUUACAGAUUGUUUCAAUUGUCUGCCAAUCGCUGCUAUUAUCGAUGAAAAGAUCUUCUGCUGUCACGGAGGACUAUCACCCGAUUUGCAAUCAAUGGAACAAAUUCGCCGUAUAAUGCGUCCGACUGACGUACCCGAUACGGGCCUACUAUGCGACCUGUUGUGGUCGGAUCCUGAUAAGGAUGUCCAGGGUUGGGGCGAAAACGAUAGGGGCGUAUCGUUUACAUUCGGUGCCGAUGUUGUCAGCAAAUUCCUCAACCGUCACGAUCUGGAUCUGAUAUGUCGGGCACAUCAAGUGGUUGAGGAUGGCUACGAAUUUUUUGCCAAACGCCAAUUGGUUACAUUGUUUUCGGCGCCGAACUAUUGCGGCGAGUUUGACAACGCCGGCGGUAUGAUGUCCGUCGAUGAGACACUGAUGUGCUCUUUUCAAAUACUAAAGCCAUCCGAGAAAAAGGCAAAAUACCAAUACGGAGGUCUAAACUCUGGCCGACCGGUAACACCGCCGAGAGGACCGGUCAAAAAGAAAUAGUGUAUUGAUUUUUUUCAAUUAUUAUUAUUAUUAUUACUAAAAAAAACAACCGAUUUUCAAUUAAUCAAUUUCAACAACAAAUAUAUAGUUUAAAAAUUAAUUUUCAACAACAAAAUAGUACGGUAACUGAAAAAAACUGUUGUUUAUUUAGGAUAUCAAAAAUUAAUUAUUAUUAUUAUAUGAAUUUUACUAUCACAACAAAAUUAGAUAUAACUAAUUAAAGACAACAACAAGUAUAUUGUAGUUAUUUAAAAAAUAAAUAAAUUAGAUUAUUAACUAAUUACAUAAUAAUACAAAAAAUAAAUACAUAACUAUUUUUAUGUUUAAACACACACACACAAACACUUA